GCUACUUCCGCUUGUUGUUGUCAUGGCGCCGUUUCAAACUGUUGUCCAGACUUCACGGGAUUUUAAAACCUUGUUCACGGUGUGUGUUUUAGUUUGGUAUUCUGCCCGUCUGUAUAUUCUUUAAUUCCAGACUUAAACAGUUGGCUAUAAACGACGACGAAAUGGUGGAAUCGUCAGUUUUGGGUUUAACCUGAAGUAAACGGCGGUACAUUGAAAGGUUGCGUUAGCUUGCUCGCGCUAAUAGGUGUUAGCAUUAGGUUUAAAUUAUUAUUAACAUUCGUUAACAUUGUUUUUGUGACGACUGUCGACGCAAUGCCAGCACUGUUACCAGGACGUCAAAACCAGGAAAGAAACUGGGUUUAUGUAGGCUCAGCCCGAAACGUAAACAGCAACAAUUCAACAACUAGGACGUCCCAAACUAAGCUGUUGUUUAAUGAAGCCAUUCCCGUGAGUGUGGUCAACCGUGCCACUCGUGCAGGCCCUCCGGCUCCCAUUGUGAUAGAGAGACUGCUUCCACGUCCGGAGAUGUGCGAGAAUGCGGACAGCCUCCACAGCUCCCGCAGCUUCACCGUGCUCUCCGAGGAGAGGCUGCAGGCCGCUGUCAGACUGGCCAGGCGAGACCUAAGGCGAAGGCACCUCGGGUCACUUGCAAAGACCUCACCGAAACAUUUGCAGGAGGCCUCUGUCUUUGAAACAAGCGAUGCGGAGCUGCUUCAGGAGCUAGUAGCGGCUCCAGGUAAGCAAGAGUCUAACAUGGCCAAGUCAAAGGAAAGGAAGGCUCCGAUCGGUGCUAAACAGCGAGUAUCCCAAAAAAAUCCUUCUUCUUUAAUGCCUGGUGUGGGCCAGUCUCCUCCAACAAGAGACCCCGGUUUAAGGCAGGUGGAAGGAGGCAAACCAGGACAUUUAAGCAACGAGAUCCGCAAACUGCAGAAUGAGCUGGAAACGUACAUUAGGAAAGUGGAGGAGCUAGCGAAUCGAGGGCUUUCUGCAGGUGAAAUACUGGAGGAGUCUUUGGAACCGGAGGAGCAAAUCAAGCUGGAGGUACGCAGACAGAAACAGGCCUUGCGCUCAGCACGCAUCAUUUAUGUUCUGCAGCGACAGGUUAAAGAGAUACAAUAUGAUAUUGAAAAACUCAAAGGAGAGAAAAUGUGGGAAACAAAAAAGUCCGUGGCGGUCGGCAGGCUGGCGGCUGCCCACCGGGGCGCGCUCAGGGCCCUGCAGAUCGUCAUCCACCAGCUCUCGGAUCAACCUCACGGCAAGGUGCCCCCUCAUUACAAAGCGCUGGGCCAGCUGAUCCGGCAGCUGUCUCUGUGCUCGGCUAAGCUGGAAGUGGACCAGGGGUCGGCUGUACCUGAGGCGGCCCUGGAUAUCCUGCAGAAACUGGAGAUUUUAGACUCAGCCCUCAGCAAACAUGAGACGCUGGAGAAGCUGCAGGCCCAGACCCGUCCUCCACGCAGGAGGUCUCCUCAUCGCUGCGCGUCCCCCACCACCGGGCCCCACAGUCUCAGCAUGCUAGCUGCUCCGGGCCUUCACAGACCUGCAAAUCCCAGCGGAUUUGUUCGUGGUGGGCGAAAAGCUGUGUUACAAAAGCUGAAACCGGCCUCCCACCUGCCCCUGGUGGCCGGUGUGCACAACGUCGGCCAGCAGAGGGAGCUGCAGAGACUUCCUCAGCCAAACACGAACCACCAGAGCAGGCGGCACCCGGGGAGAAAAGCUGACGUAAUGAAGAUUAGAGACGCAGGUUUCCGGCAGCCGACAGUUUCCUCGCAGCUCCGAGUCAGUCAGCUUCCUCAGCGGGAGAAGUCUGUUCCCUGGAUGCCGACGUCGCCCCGCUCUCCUCCUCAACAGCAAGCGCCUCAGAGGUGGAGGCCUGAGCCCCGCUGCCUCUUCUCCCCGGUGAAGCCUCCGCCGAGCCCUCCGGGUGAGCAGCAGGCUGGACAUCAGUCAGAAGCCGAGCGAAGAGUGAGUGGCGCUCCAAAAGAAGCAACGAGGACGUCUUAUCAAGAGAAGAUGACUACGCAGCUCAGUGAGGAAGAGGUGCCACUCAUUCAGAGAUUAAGGUCUGAAGUCGUUUUCCAGAAUCAGUGGACUGAGGAAGCUGAGCAAGGCGCCAGAGAGGGCAGCCAUCGGCUCUCUGGUGAAACACAGGAAGGUGUGGUAAAGAACAAUCCUGACAGAUCUAGGAGGAUACGGCUCCCUGAGCAUGCUGAUGAGCUGGCAGCAGGCGAUCACGUGCGAAUCGUUGAGCAUCAGGAAGAAGAUCUGCUAAAGGACACCGCUCCCAAUGCGUGGGCCGUAAACACGGGCAUGGGGGACAUGACCUGGCGUGGGCUGCAGGCCUCUACCCUGGAGAGCAUGCUGCUUCGGAUGGAGGAAAUACAGAGAGAAGAAGAAGUAGUGAGGAGACGGUUCGCGUCCAUCGCCUAUUCAGACCCUCUUUACUGGGACCGCUCAAAAACAACAGGAUCCCAGCCUCACGCUCCAGGCUCCAGGCCGGCCUCUCCUCAACCCAUUAGGCUCACCAGGCCGGCGCUGAAACAGACUGCCGCAGCCGAUAUUAUUCUGGAGAAACCCAUAGAGGCAGGUUUCCUGUUUGAGAGCAGCCCAACGGAGGACCAAACCCAGGACCAACACCUACCCACAAACAAAGUUUUACCCAAUGACAGGGCAGAGAGAAGCAGGACCGUUCUCUCGGUGCCAGGCAGCACGCUGAAGAACAUCCGCCAUUAUAAGGAAGACUACAACGCCUAUCUUGGUGCUGUGUCUCGAGGGGCCAUCGACAGCUUCAACCCCUGGGCCGCUGCGGACAGCGUGGCGGCGGAGUUGCUGUCGGAGGCGCUGGCGGACGUGGCGAAGGAGUUCCAGGACGUGGUGGAGGAGUACGCCGAGGCCGUGUUCACCUCCGAGUUCCUGCGGCCCGUCCACUCAGUUCCUGCAUCAGCUGAGGCUGUAGCCGGGAGAAACCAGUAGGGAGUCCCCAGCGCUGCGUCUGCUCCGGCUUCCUUAAAAACUGUACCGUACAAACGCGUUACGUGUUCGAGUUGGAUUAAAUCUGCAAUUUCAGACACAAAUAUUUAUUUUUUUAAAGCAUUUUGUACAUUUUGAAAAUGGAUGUUUUUAUUUUUUCGACGUUUUUAAAAAAUAUAUAUUAUUAUUUCGAGUGAAAUCACGUUUUUCUUUACUGAGAUUUUAGAUUCUUCUUCCUCUUUUUUUUUUUAAGAAGCUGCUGCAGAUAAUGAGUGAAUUACACAGGGAAGCAAUGGUCUCAUCGCUCUUUCCGGUCCAUUUGUAUCUGUGGAAGUAUUCCUCGGGGAAAGUUAGUUUAGGGUAGAUAAGCUUGGAGAGACCAUUACAACAUUACAGAGGAUUAGAAGAUUACUGCCCUCCCUUUGCACUUGGUUUAAAUCUCCCCGAGGAUUACUCACACGUUCUAUUUUCACAGUGGAAUACAGAAAUGAAUUAUUCCAUAUGGCCUCCACUUAGAAAUGUCUGAAAGCCAAAUUGCAUCUUCUGUUUAUUUCCACGGCCGCUCAGACUCUCCUUUUGCUUUAUUCUCUAAAUAAAUGCUUCAGAGUUAGGUUUUUUGUUUUCUGUUUUUCUUUUUUGCUUUCUAUCAAAGUUUACUACAAUAUGACAGUAUGUUUCAGCAGAGGGAAAUUGAUAUAUAUAUAUAUAUAUGUUUUGUUUUUUUUUGUCAUAAAAGCUUUCCUUGUGGGGACAUGUAAAUUGAUGUAAUUCCACUUCCCAUGGUGCAUUUUAGCUGUGCAAAAUGCAACCAGUAGAUUAUAAAGUACACUACAGAUAAUUACGACUUGAACAAACCGUAAUUAUAGAGAAAAGUGUCAAUUUUGACAUCAAAGAAAACAAGACAUGAUUGGCAAAUUUAGAAAACGCCUGAGUCCAUGGACGGAAACAUGAAAGUCAUCCAUCCGGAACGGGGGAGGAACACAUGCAGAUGUUGCUCUGGACGGUGGGGACCGGCUUGCAGCAUUAUUUAUAUAUUAGACAGCAAAAUUAGUAAGCUCCGUCUUUUAUCUUGGCUGGAUUUGAUUGUUCCACACAGGCUUCGUCAUGAGCUUCGACAAAUGGAGGCCAGUCAGCUGGAAUCGUCAGGAAAUAAUGCCGGUUCUCUGAUGACAGAAGCUAAUUGUGCUUCACUGCUACGGGUCAGAAACGUAGAGGACAAAUCGGAAUAUGCAGCUAAUGUGAUGUAACGCAUUCCAUCAGGUGAUAAACUAAUAUAACGUUUUGCUUUAUAUUAGGGCUGAAACGAUUAAUCGUAAUGAAUCGAUUAUUGAAAUAAUCGUCAACUAAUUUAGCAUUUGCUUAAUCGUUAACUGGAGUAUAAAGACUGAAAAAAACAAAAAAACAUUUGAUGAUUAAAACAACAUACUUGGAGCACUAAUAAAGCCAAAACUGUGCAAAAAACAUACGCAGUUUGGAUUUUAAGAUUUAAUAAAACAGAAACGUACACUAAAGGAAUGCUUUGUUAUUGCAUCUUAUUCAAUAACAUUUUUAUUUUGUAAUUUAAAAAUGGAAUUGAAUUAUUUUGAUCUUUUUAUGUGUUUUUACUAUUGAAUAAUAAAGGCUUAAGUGUAGAACGUG